CUGCGGGCUGCGGCUGGGCCGCCGCGGAACCUGGUGCAGCCGCAGCUCGGGGCACCCGCCCGGGUCGGUCCCCUGCGGGCCUUCGCUCCAUCCACGAUGGCUUGUGAAAUCAUGCCUCUGCAAAGUUCACAGGAAGAUGAAAGACCCUUGUCACCUUUCUAUUUGAGUGCUCAUGUAUCCCAAGUCAACAAUGUUUCAACAAAUGGAGAACUCUUAGAAAGAACCAUCAGGUCCGCAGUAGAACAGCAUCUUUUUGAUGUCAGUAGCUCUGGAAGUCAAAGUUCUGAGGAUUCUGAAUCUGGACCAUCAUUAGCAUCUUCUUCCACACCCACCAGGCCACUACUAUGGCAACCUAAGGAACAGGAUGAUGUUCUGCAUGGCAAAGACAAGGGAUUUAUCAAUAAAGAAAAUAUUCCUUCUGGCUUCAACAACUUAGAUGAAUGUAUUUGGAAUACUCAGGAAGUAGAUAAAUUACACGAAAAUCCUUCUGAUUAUGUUGGGGAAAGGAACAAGCCUAAACGUCAGAAAUCCAGCUCUAAACUGUCUGAGCUCAAUGAAAAUCAAGAUGGGAUUCUGAAUAUGGAAGGUCUCAGUUCCACACAAUUGCAUGGAAGGCUGGAACCUGAUGAAGUUGAACUAAGGUCCCAUGAAAGCAAAGAAAAUGAAAGAGAUGGCCGAGACACUCAGCAUUACGAGAGCUCCACCAUGAAGAUUCAGGACCAUCCCAGUAUAUCUGAUACCAAACAACAGAGGAAUCCAGAGACCAGUGACCAGCAGGAGAGCUUUGUCUCCGAGGUGUCCCAGUUGGACCUGACAGCAUUAUGUGAUGAGAAGAGCUGGGAAGAGCCCCUCCCCGCCUUCUCCUGGCAGCGGGAAAGUGUGGAUUCGAAUGAGGCCCACCUCUCCCCACAGGCUGGGCGCCUGAUUCACCAGUUUCUGGAUGAAGACAGUGACCCUAUGCUCUCCCCUCGGUUCUAUGCCUAUGGGCAGAGCAGGCAGUACCUGGAUGACACAGAAGUGCCUCCUUCUCCCCCAAAUUCCCAUUCUUUCAUGAGGAGGAGAAGCUCCUCCCUCGGGUCCUAUGAUGAUGAGCAAGAGGACUUGACGCCUGUGCAGCUCACCCGAAGGAUCCAGAGCCUUAAGAAGAAGAUCCGAAAAUUUGAGGACAGAUUUGAAGAAGAGAGGAAGUACAGACCCUCCCACAGCGACAAAGCAGCCAAUCCAGAGGUUCUAAAGUGGACUAAUGACCUUGCCAAAUUCAGGAAACAGCUUAAAGAAUCAAAACUAAAGCUCUCCGAAGAGGACCUAACCCCCAGGAUGCGACAGCGAAGCAAUACACUGCCCAAGAGUUUCGGUUCCCAACUCGAAAAAGAAGAUGAAAAGAAGCAAGAUCUGGUAGAUAAAGCUAUGAGGCCCAGUGUGGAAGCCACGCUGGAAUGUGUGCAGAAGAGGCUCCAGGAGAAGCGCAUGGAAUCCAGCCGUCCCGAAGACAUUAAGGAUAUGACCAAAGACCAGAUUGCUAAUGAGAAAGUGGCUCUGCAGAAAGCUCUGUUAUAUUAUGAAAGCAUUCAUGGACGGCCGGUGACGAAGACUGAACGUCAGAUUAUGAAACCUCUGUAUGAUCGGUACCGGCUAGUCAAACAAAUCUUGUCCCGGGCCAACACCAUCCCCACCAUUGGUUCCCCCUCCAGCAAGCGGAGAAGCCCUUUGCUGCAGCCAAUUAUCGAGGGUGAAACUGCUUCCUUCUUCAAGGAGAUACAGGAAGAAGAGGAAGGGUCAGAAGAUGACAGCUACAUGAAACCAGACUUUACUGUCACUCUGAAAACGGACUUCAGUGCUCAUUGCUUUCUGGACCAAUUUGAAGAUGAUGCUGAUGAGUUUAUUUCCCCAGUGGAUGACAGAAUGUCAUCAAAAUACAGUCAAGACACUGAGCUUUCAAAGCUCCACGCUGCUUCAAUACCUGAACUCUUGGAAUACCUUCAGGAAAUGCGAGAAGAAAAGAAAAGGAUUCGAAAGAAACUUCGUGAUUUUGAAGACAACUUUUUCAGACAAAAUGGAAGAAAUGUCCAGAAGGAAGACCGCACUCCAAUGGCUGAAGAAUACAAUGAAUACAAACACAUAAAAGCAAAGCUGAGGCUCUUGGAAGUGCUCAUCAGCAAGAGAGACACUGAUGCCAAGUCCAUGUAAGGCACAGCCCCACCCAGCCAGGGGGCUAGCAGUGCAAAAGGAGUCAUAGUAUAGCUCCAGAAGGCACCUUUGGAGCUGGCUGUACAAAGCAGGCCACAUUCUGCCUCUGGAUCAUCAGGAUUGACUCCUAUUUCCAUUGCCUGCCUUGGAAGAUGACAAUGUGAGCUGACUUGGAAAUUUUGUAAUGGGAAAGUCAAGAUUCCUGCACAUGUGCACAUGUAGUGGGAGUGUCACUGCCACUGACAGUGACAAAAUACAUCAGGCACACCCAUCUGCAGAGAACACACUGUUCUUCUCGAGAUAAUAGAAAUAUGAAACCAUUCUCUUAACUGUGACAAUACCAAGCUCAGGACUUAACUCUGCAGAGUUCGCUCACCCUGGCCAUCUGUGCUCUCCCUGCACCCUGUGACAUGUGAACAUGCACCAGAACCCUAUUUGCUGCUGUGGCCACUCUAGUGACCUGUCCCCUGAGCUGCACCUUUCCCACUCUGUGGAUUAAUUUCCCCUUUAGCUCUCAGGUAGAUGGAAGCUGUGUCUGCCCAUAGUGGCAGGGCGGUCACCUCAUUGAGGGUAUGUGUCUUCAGGCUUCUCACUGUGCAGAGAGCUUCAGAGACUGACUCAGACUUGGUUGCAGGACUAAGCAAUGACAACAGCAGUUCUGUUGAUGCUAACUUUAAAUCAGCAGGUGGAGGUCCUUGGAAGUGUCUCUAGAGCAUUGACUGCACUUCCCUUCAAAUACAAAAUGGCCAGCAUGCCUUUGGUAACCUAUUUGAAGCUCAAUUUUGAUGUCUCACUAGCCAGACAAAAAAGGGUCUUGCUUAAUUCUUAGCCUAAAUGUAGACAAGGAUAAUGAAAGAUUGAGAGCUGUGGUCUCAGCCUCCUAAAUACUUAAUUUUUAAUUAUUCUGAAAAAGUAGAUCUGCACUAAAGUCCCUAAGGAAAAGGUACGUGUAGCUCUCUGAGUUUGGCUCAAGGCAGAAUCUAAGUCACACUAUUUUCAAGAUCAUGUAUACAAAGAAAGACAUACUAGUGUGUGACCAGUUUUGAUGUUGGCUUUUCAAAGUCUAUGUCAUAAAGCUGUCUAUCUUAGAUAUUUUGAUGAGACCAGGGAAUUUAAGGCACCAAAAUAAUUCAUCUUUUCUGUGUGCUUGCUUUCACUUUGAGAUCCUCAUUUCUUUUUCACCUGCUGAGGCAAGUCAGCUGGGUCACACUCGAGCUUGGUGAGCCAGAGCACGAGGCCUACAUCCAGUGAUGGGCGAGUGUUAUAGUAGGCUCUGCCUCACAGAGGGCCAGGGGGACAGGCAACAGGGAAGACCUGUGUCUAGAAAGUUGUCUGCUAAAGGGUUGUUUUAUGUUAAUAAGAAAAGGUGGAAGACUGUCCUGAGACAUUGCAGUGGUAAGAACAGUCUUGAGUACUCUGGUCAGACUGAAUUUCAGCACCUUCUUUGUUACUAAAGUGGGUAGCUAUCCUCUGUCAAUUGAAAACUUUCAGUUGAGAGUGGAUGAAAAGACUUCUUUAAAUUUUGCUUUUAAAAAUAAUCACAUAAAGGCAUGAGCAAUGUGUUGUAAAUACCCUGGUUUUAUUGCACACAUUUCCAGAUGGUACAUAAGCCUAUAAAUUUAAAUGUACAUAAAAAUUGUAGUUUGAUAUACUUUGCUCUACUGUUUACAUUUGCAGAUCACUGUAAUUUCAAGAAAUUAUAAAGAAAAUGAUGCACUUUAAGAUGUUUUCUAUUUUUGAAGUCUGAAUAUAAACUCUUAACAAGAUCAAAAAAAUUGUAUUUUUAAAAAGAGAUACAUGCUUAGCCUGUCCUUUAUAAGCAAUUAUUCCCUUAAAUAAGCUGAUAUAAAUUAGAACAUUACCAUCUAACUUGUAAGCCACAUCUGUUUAAAAGUAUUGUUUAUACUAUAAAAUCUUUUAAAAUCUGCAUACAAGUGAGAAGUUACUAGAUGAUUUGAAAUUCAUUGUUUGAACCAAAGGUAAGUGAACUAAAUUUAUUCAGGAAUACCUAUUGAACUUUGUAUGAUUCAAUAAAAGAAAAUGCCAGGUAGUAAAACAAGUCA